AUGCUUGACAUAGAAUGGCCAUUCGAAACACAUAUGGAUUUUUGUGGUCAGAAAAUGGCAGAAAGACUCUUUCAAGUUAUCAUAGUUUUAUUUGGAAUUAUUGGUUUUUUUGCUGGCUAUAUUAUGCAACAAUUUAGUAUGACUAUCUAUAGUGUUCUCUUCGGAGUUCUGGUUUCUGCAAUACUAACACUACCACCAUGGUCAGUUUAUCGUAAUAAUCCAAUUCAAUGGCAAAAACCUUUGGAUUCAAAUAAAGAAGCAGCUACAAAUAAAAAUGGUUCAUCUGCAAAAUCACCGAAAAAAGAUGUUCGAAAAACAAAAGGAAGAAAAGAUGAAUAG